AGGACCUGGUGAAUUUUAUUCAAGCGAAUUUUAAGAAGCGGGAAUGUGUCUUCUUUACCAAAGAUUCCAAGGCCACACUGAAUGAAAUCUGCUCCUUCCUAUCAAUAUCGUUGGUUCAGGGAAAACGUGUGCAGAUGUGGCUACACACAGAGCCACCACAUGGAAGGCACCCAGAUCAACCAGAGCGAGAAAUGGAAUUACAAGAAACACACCAAGGAGUUUCCCACAGAUGCCUUUGGGGAUAUCCAAUUUGAGACGCUGGGGAAGAAAGGCAAGUACAUCCGUUUGUCCUGCGACACGGACCCGGAAACCCUCUACGAGCUGCUGACCCAGCACUGGCACCUGAAAACGCCCAACCUGGUCGUUUCCGUGACGGGAGGCGCCAAAAACUUCGCCCUGAAGCCGCGCAUGCGCAAGAUCUUCAGCCGGCUCAUCUACAUCGCGCAGUCCAAAGGUGCUUGGAUUCUCACGGGCGGCACCCAUUACGGCCUGAUGAAGUAUAUCGGUGAGGUGGUGAGAGACAACACCAUCAGCAGGAAUUCGGAAGAGAACAUUGUGGCCAUUGGCAUAGCAGCGUGGGGCAUGGUCUCCAACCSGGACACCCUCAUCCGCAACUGCGAUACGGAGGUAUGGGUGGGAUGGGGAGGUGAUGUGGGAGAGAGCUGAGGACAUGGGGCUGUGGCCUGGAUACCAGGGCUCUG